AUGCCCAUAGGCUGUAUAAGGUGUCAACCAAGGGGGAACAAAAAUUAUAUUCUGUGUAAUAAAUUUCUAAAGUUUGUCCACAGCUCCAUAGGGAUUGCUGGAGGAGGCGGGAUUUAUGACCUAUACUGCAGCCCGUCACCAGAGGGUGCUGUUCUCAGAGUGUCUUCACCCAGCGAAGAGGCAGACGGCAUCCAUUCUAUAUACAGUCUAUGCUUCUUACAUGCUCUGACAUUACAGUCCCCUGCUGUUCACCCCUCUGACUCCAUACUGCCCCCUUCUGUUCAAAUGUGUACUGCACCUCUUGUACUCAUCACUGUUUGUCCUUUUAUAUCUCCGCCCACCUGA